AUGUCCCAUUCUCAAAAAGAGGAUAUUCGUGGACAGCUCUCGGAUAUUCAGAAAAAACUUUUUGGUAGCGCAAGAGAUAAGUCCACGACACCACUACCACUGCCUGAUCCUACUCACGGUGCUAGACAGCCACCUGGAGGAAAUGAUUCAGGGCCCAAGUUGAAACUGAGGACUUCGUCUUCACAUUUGGGUAAAUUGAGCAACUCAAAUAAAAUGAACAAGCUUUUCCCACAACCGGCGCCAGCUCUUGGGCCAGAGAACAAGGGCCAUGACAUGGAUUUUGUCGUGGGGUUAAGUGAAAACUUGCUCACUGAGUGUCGUAAACUCACGGCAGAGAACAACAAGUAUAAAAGCAAGCUCAAAUCAGCAGCAGAAGAGCUAGAGAAGUACAAGAGUCAAAUAGUAGCCUUGACGAAUUCGAGAUCGUUUGCCGAGAACACGGAGGAGCAAUUGAAGAGCAAGAACUGGGAGCUCGAGACCAAGAACACCACACUUAUUGAGGAUCUCGAUCAGCUACGUGCUGCCAACGAUAAACUUGUCAAGACAAAUAACGAAAUGACAUUACGCAUAGCAUCUAUCCAGAAGGAGCACGACGACCUCCGUAUCUCGCACAAUACCUUAGACACUGAUUUUCACAAGACCAAAGACACCUACGAAAAGGAAGUUGCCGAGCUCAACGCACGCAUAGACUCCUUGAAUGACGAGAACGACUCCUUGCAUAUACAAUUGACAGCAGCUAAAACUGCUGAAGAAAAUAUUCACGACACUGCUGCCACUAAAAAGCCACAACCUAGCUUCGCUCGAAUGCAAGCUGUGGAGGAGGAUGAUCCAACUGACUUGGGUAGCAUAUUGGAAGCUAGCGAAAGGAUCCUCAGGGACGCCAACGCCGAUUCUGUAAGUUCAGACUUACGCGUGGAGACACUAAAAGCCAACCUUGACCACUCAUACAAGAUGGUGGCCAAAUUGAGAGGCGCGUUGCUCAAGGCGAGAUUUGAAAAUCAUAGCUCCGCUAAAGGUACACCUCCUAGCAGCAAGAAGGCGAAGAGGAAGGAGUUUCUACCACCUCUGACCAGAACCUCAACAUCCUUCUCGCCGGCGAAGCGAAACUCAAAAUUCGUUGUUUUGGAUGACGAAAAUGAGAACUGGCCGCUGGACGAAAAGUGGGAAGACUUCAUCGACAAUCAUUCUUCUGCCACUCCAUCCAAACCUGUACGCCAUAGAAUUUAUGACUGCGGAAGCCCCGAUGUGGAAAAGAUGGAGGAGCUACCCUCUCUUAAUGCUUCCGAUUGUUCAGACUCAGAAAAUGAAGAUGUUGGUCAUGCAAAGCGUGAGCUCAAUGCGGAAUUGUCUAAGCUCACCCCGGAUGCUACCGAAAAGCAAAUUCAGGACUACGCCAAGCAACAUCAUUUGGUUCUUCUACUGCAAGAAGACUACGCGAAGUUGCAGUAUAAUGACAUCGAUGAUGUUUCAGAUGAUAGACUCAAGAAAGCGACAGAGAUCAGAGGUUUUGUGUGUUUGAGUCAACUGGAAUACAAUGACCUCCUUGAGGAAAGUGAGAUGAGAUCUAAGCUCGAAAAGAAAGGGUUUGUUACUCUACCUUCUCAAGAAUAUGCUACUAUUUCGAAAGCGGCAGAGUCUUUCGCGAAGCCUGACUUCGAAUACCUCGCUAAUGAACUUAACCGAAUAGGUUUCCAGGCUGUGGAAACAGAAUACCUCGAAAUUCUCAAGAAUAAUGAAAGGCUCCUCUCAAACCCUUCUGAAUCGUAUUUGCGCUCUAAGUGCAAGGAAUAUCAAUUACUACCACUUACGAAUGACGAGUACAAGCAUCUAAAGAAAAUCGAGGCUGCUUUCGAAAAACCCGACAAAGGGUAUUUGACGAAAAAAGGAAAUGAGCUCGGUUUGAUUCUCACAACAUCAGGAUUCUACGAUGAUUUACUCAAACGUGCAAAUGAACCCUCGAUCGAGCAACUAACUGAACAUGGGAAGAAACGUGGUCUUUAUGUUUUAGAUGAUGAGAAAUUCUUUAAAUUAGAGAAUCCACUGUUGAAAAACUGGCUAUCUAAAGCUGAAACAUUUAAUCAUGUUGCUUUAAAGAAGGAGGAUUACGAGAGGCUUCACAAAGUAGCUUACGAGCCCACGAUUGAGCAAUUGAAAUCCGCUGCGAUUAAAAGGCUGCACAGGAUGCUUCCAUUGUCGGAAUUUGAUGAAUUAAGAGAGUUUAGGGAUACACCGACUUUGGCACACCUUUCGAAAAAAGCCGAAAUUCACGACCAUACUCUAAUCUCCAAAAAAGACUUGGAAAUCAUGAAAGACUCCAUUGAUUCACCCUCCAUAGAGAACAUACGAGAGAAAGCUGUUGGCCACAAAGUUAUCGAACAAGACGAAUAUGACAGUCUCCUUCGAAAAGCACAAUAUCCAUCUCUAGCCCAAAUUCAAAGCCAUGCCGAAAAGUUUGGUCUUGUGACUCUAGAACAGGAAGAAUACUCGAAUCUUUACAAAAACUUCCAUGAACCCUCACUCGACUUCUUGAAACAGAAAGCCCGAGACAAAGCACAUAUGUUGGUGAAAGCUGAAGAGUUUGAGAGAUUGACAGCCAUAGAAAGCCAACCUGAAUAUUGGUUCCUCGCUCAAAAAGCUAAAGUUUUGGGAUAUCUGAUUAUUGAAGCAUCCGAAUUGAGUCAUUUACGUAAUGUGGCGAAGCAUCCAGCAUUGGAAACCAUGUUUGCGGAGGCUACUUCAAGAGGCUAUACUUUGAUUGAGAAGGAGCGUUUAGCUUCUUUGAUAAGAAGUGCAGAACGUCCAACGGUUGACGAAAUUCGUUCCAUGGCCGCUUCACGAAAUCUCAACGUUCUCUCGAACGAUGAGCUCAACAGUCUCGAGGAAACUGCGAAGAAUCCUUCUACUGAAAGAAUCAGUAGUGUUGCUAAAUUACGAAAUCUUGUGCUAAUCUCUAAGGAUGAUCACGAAACUCUAAAACACAAUUCUAAGCAUCCAACCUUGAGUAUCAUUGAAGCAGAGGCCCAUGCCUUUGGAAGGGUGGUGAUACCGAGGGAUAUUUAUGACCGAUUGAACACUGACGCACACCAUCCUGGCAUCGACCUCUUGAAGAAGCAUGCUCUUCUUCUUGAUCAGGUUGUUUUACCGAAAGUCGAGUAUAGCAAUUUGCAGAAGAGAAUAUCAAAUCCUUCGAUCGAAGAAUUACAAUUACUGGCCUCAAAGUUGAACUUCAUCAUGACUCCGGCGUCAGAUUUCCAGGCUUUGCAGAACACUUAUGAAAACCCUUCUUUGGAUCAUCUUCAGAAACACACAAGACGUUUGAACCAUGUUAUACUCACAGCAACUGAUCAUGAGUCUUUGGUUGAGAAAUCUAAUCUGCCUUCCUUAGAAACUAUUGAAAAGAGGGCAAAGGAGUUGGGGCACGUUCUUCUCGAUUCAACCACAUUUGAGUCUUUGAAGAACGACUCAGAGAGGCCCUCUCUUGAGAAAUUGCGCAACCAUGCUGCGGUACACUCGUGUGAGCUAGUCGCCCAAUCUGAUGUUUCAGCGAUGAGAACGAAGCUAGAGACUCCUGAUUUAGACUUCCUCAAUAGCCAUUGUGAGCGAUUGAACUACAAAAUGCUUUCAGUACAAGAAUAUAUUGCUUUGGAGGAAGCAGCUAAACGCCCAUCCAUGGAUAUCAUAAGAAAGAGAGCUGAUAUGCUUGACCAUAUAGUAUUGUCGAAGAAAGAGGAAUCGACCUUGAGAAAGACUGCUCUUGAACCAGAUAAGGAAACCUUGCUUUCUCAUGCAGAGAAAGCAGGUUUGACUUUUGUGGACAGUAUCGAGUAUUCUCGGAUGAAGCAAUCUUAUGAAGACCCUACGAUCGAUAGAAUUGAACAAUAUGCUCACCAGCGUGAUCAUUGCUUGAUUAAGAAGCAUACGUUAAGCGAUCUCAAACACCAAUUAGAAUUCCCUGAACUUGAAUACUUGAAGCUGAAGGCCGCAGCACUAGACCACAAACUCAUUUCAUUGCGAGAAUUUGACGAGCCUUCCCUUGAAUACAUCGAAAACAAACUCUCGAAACACAAGAAGGUGGCAGUUCAUGAGACGGAAAUUGAUACUUUAAAAAUGCUUGCAUAUGAACCAUCACUCGAGCAUAUAAAAUCGCUUCCUAUUACAAAAAACCAAGUCAUCUUACUGACAGAGAAGCACACCGAGCUUGUCAAGAAAGUCGAUAACCUCCCAAAGGAUGUUUUAAUUGAGAAGAUCGAGGCUCAUGGGUUGGUGGCAAUCCCUUCUUCUGAGCUCGAGUCAAUAAAGCAGAAGUGCAAUAAUCCAGAUGCUGAAUGGUUGCAGAUGGUCGCAGAGAAGAACGACCUUAAAUUCAUGAGCAAGCAAGAUUUUUUUACGCUCCUGACUCUAGCUCACAAUCCAGGCAUUGAACACUUGAGAAAAUUGGCCACCAAUGCGCAUCUAACAUUGAUCGAAAACGACAAGUUCGAGAAUUUGAAGCAAAGAGCCGAGAAUCCUUCUGUAAACGAUGUGAAAUCAAUGGCUUCGAAGCUUGAUGGUGAGUUUAUCAGGAACGCCGACUUAAGAAGCCUCAAGGACUUAGCGAAUUGUCCCGAUUUAAACCAUAUAAGUUACCACGCCAACCGUCUCGGCCAGGUUAUUUUGACGUCCUCUCAUUAUGACAAUUUGUUGUCUCCAUCUAUGGAACAAUUGACCGAGUUAGCACAGAAGCAAAGGGCAAUUGUGAUUUCCAGCGAUACUUACGAAGAUUUGAAUCAAAUGGCACAUCACCCGAGCGUCGAUCAUAUCUCAAAGAUCGCUCUGAGACAUGAGCUUAGGGUGGUUCACAAACAUGUUUACGAAGCCUUAGAACAACAGGCUCAAAAUCCUGAUAUCAAUCAUGUGAAGGCAUGUGCAGCUUCUCUUGAUCACUCUGUGAUCGGGAAGUCAGAUUACAUGCGUUUGCUUGAAUUAGCGAGCAGACCUGAUAAGGAACAUGUCAAGAAGCAAGCUGCUCGAUUGGAGAUGGAACUAAUCUCUCGCGGAGAGCUUGCCCUUUUGAAACAAAGACUCAAUAACCCUGACAUUGACUUUCUUAAAUCGAAUCUUUCGAAGCAUGGCUAUGUCGCAGUACCAAGUCAAGACUUCGAGAAGCAUCUUGAAGACAAGGAGAAACUUGAAUCAAUGAAACUCAUCACCUUCGAUGAAUACAAUAAAUUAAAGAGCACAUAUGAAAAUCCAUCUGCUUCCUUUUUAGAGGACAAGGCCAACCAGCAAGGAAAUUCUAUAGUCGGCAUCGAUGAGCUUAAACGGUUGAAGAGCAUAUACGAAGAACCCUCUAUCCAGUUUUUGACGGAGCACUCGGAAACUAAAGGCUUCAAAGUCAUCGAGGAUAAGGAGUACUACCAGCUUAGAGAGACGUUCUUGUCUCCAUCUACUGAAUUUAUUUCCAUGAAGGCAAGGAAUCUUGGCUACCGUUUGAUGUCGGAGGAGAAUUAUAAUGAGAUUACUAUGACGAUCAACGAUCCUUCAGUUCUAUUUUUAGAGAAAAAGUGUGCUUCCAAAGAGUUAUCAAUCAUUCCUAGCAAUGAACUUAAAGAAUUGAGGAACAAAGUGGAGAACCCAGGGCUUGAGUUCCUCAGUGAGAAAGCCACAGAACAAUCUUACAAGUUAUUACCCUUUGAAGAACACGCGAAGUUGUUAGAUGCAAUGAAUUGUCCUUCACUUGAAUACCUUAAGGAAAAGGCGAAAGUUCAUCAACUGGUGGUGGUUCAAAAGGAUGAAUACAGAAAGCUAGAAAUGGACGCAGUGAACCCAACCCGAGACUCCGUUGAGCAGAAAGCGCGUUCUUUGGGAUGCGUGAUCUUAGAGGAACUGGAAGCUAUGCGGAUGAAAGACCAGCUCUCGGAUCCGCCCUUAGAAAAACUCGCCUCGGAUGCCGCCAAAAAAGGUCACAAGGUAAUCCCAGAGCACGAAUAUCAAAGUUUAUCUUCUCACUGCGAAAAGAGUGUUCAGACGUUGGCUAAAGAAAACGGCUACCAUCUUUUAGAGGCAGAAGAAUAUCGCAACUUGCUUGAAAUUGCAAAUAACCCUGAUAUUGAGAAAAUUCAGUAUCAAGCCUCGCUUCACGGAUACGCAGUCGUCAAAGAUGAGGAUCAUAGGAAAUUGCUUUCUGAACUUGAUACUCCAUCUCUCGAAUAUUUGAGAUUUAAGACCAGAGCUCUCAAAUAUCGCUUGGUAAGUGAAGACGAUUUCGAGAAGUUGAGCGAGCCACUCAGUACAAAACUUGCAAAAGCAGGGUUAACAGCAGUCCUGAAGAGUGAACAUCAUAAGUUGACAAAUCCGUCAUUAGAUGACCUCAAGCAAUUGUCCUGUUUGGAAAACUUCAAGGUCAUCGCUGACAAAGAGUAUCAUGAACUCACAAAGCCUCUUGAGCAGCAAAUUCAAGAAGCAGGGCUUGUAGCUCUUUCAAAUGAAGAGCAUCGCAAAUUACGACUGGAAGCGGAAUCGCCAACACUAGAAGUGUCUCGCCGCGUUGCAUCCAAACAUGGAUGCGUAGUGAUCUUUGAAGAUGAGUUCCACAAUUUAUCGAAGAGCAUUGAAGAGAGGGCGGCGGAAGCUGGGAAGGCUGUAUUAGAGAAAGAUGAACUUGAAGAUUUGAGGAAGGUCAUCAAGGAGCCAACGCUUGAUUUUAUCACCAAAUCAGCAAACUCUUUGGGCAUGACUUUAGUUGCCAAGAGUGAAUUGGAGGCAAUGCACCUAGCAGCAAAUAAACUGCUCACUGACAGAGCGAACGAAGAGAAUCUUAUUCUCUUGAGUCCAAAGGAUCGUGAUGACCUCAUGGAAUUCGAGAGUAAGUACAGAUACGCCACUGAAGCGCUCUCUGAAUUCAAGGCCAAAUUCGAAAACCCUUCGGAGGAUUAUCUUACGAAAGCAUCCAAGGCCAAGGGACUAAUUCUUGUGAAUAGCGCAGAGUUUGAAAAUUUGAAUCGGUCGAAAAAUAUGUCAAUUCAUGACAAAGCGGCGGCAUUAUCCAUGACUGCUAUCCCAACAACAGAGUUCGAAGAUCUCAAGAACCGCGCCAAUGAGUCAAUCGAGGAAAAAGCGGCCCAGAAAGGGUUCAAUAUAAUUAAAGUAGAGGACUUAAAAACCCUCAAAUAUGAAUGUGAACAUCCCUCUCUUGAGAAGGCUAAAUCGGUUCUUCAAACCAAUGGCUUGACGUCCAUAGGUGAACUAGAUCUUGAGAAGCUCAAGAAGGAGGCAACGCGUUCAAUAGAUGACAAAGCAAUUGAAGCUGGCUUUGUUUUGAUUCACAAAAUUGAUCACGAGAGAACCUUGCAGCAAUUGAAUAGUCCGACUGUGGAUUUCAUCGUAUCAAAGGCCAAUGCAAUGGGUUUCGAAUGCAUCGAGUCAAGCGAACUUGAUCAAUUACGUGCGGAAGCAUCUCGCUCUCUUUCAGAGGUUGCGCGGUCUCAAGGUAUGGUCGUCAUAGAUUCCACAGAGUUAAAGGCUUUGAGAGAUCAACUUCAUAGACCUGACGUCGAAAGCUUGAGAAAGGCGGCCAACGAUCAUGGUCUUAUUGUUCUCGAGAUGGGUGAACAUGAAAAUUUGAAGACCAAAGCAAAUCGAACUAUUGAAGAGCAGCUUGAAGGUACGCAGAAAAUGGUUAUUGACACUGCAAAGUAUGACUCCCUUCUCCUUCAAGCAACCAAGCCUUCUAUGGAAGCUUUAAGGAAAAAUGCUACAAAGAAGGGGAUGGAGAUUGUGCCCAAAGAUGAGCUUGACGAGAUGAGAAGUUCAUGUACAGAGCCGUUGGAGACCAAAGCAGAGAAACAGAAUCUCGUUUUGGUUCACAAAGAUCAAUUCAACGAUAUGAAUAAUCAAGUGACCCAUCCAAGUAAACAUUAUUUGAUCGAGAAAUGCGCCGCUAUGGGGUUGGCGGUCGCCGAGGCUUCUACGUUGAAGGAACUGAGCACAGACGAGGGAAAUGUCAUAAUAAGUAAAGAUGAGCUCGAAUGGCUCAAAUCUUCUGCCGGAAGAGUACUCACAAUUGAUGAGGCAAAAGACGUUCUUUCGCGCCACGACAUGAUAGUUCAUGAUAAGGAUCAACACGAGAAGAUUAUAAACGAGAGUAGCGAAAGCAAAAUUCCUCGAGUGUGCGAGCUCAUUCAAAUUCUUGAAGAUAAAGGUUACUCAGUAAAGAAAGACAUUGAUGAGUUCGAAGAUGCAAGUGAGUCCUUUGUUUUAGAUGAAGAAGAGUUGGGACAAACCGCCAGAAGACUUGGCUUCAUGUUGAUUAAGCAAACUGAAUACGACGAUCUAGUAAAGUACGCAGAUUCGUUGAACAAUGAAGAGUCAUUGAUGAAGGCUGGACAGGAGCUCGGCUAUUCUGUGAUCUCUUCGAACGAGCUUCUCAAACUUAAGCAGUUAUUGACCGAAAAAGACUCUCGAAUUCAUGAAUUGUCUUGUGAGGUGGAAUCAAAAGUCUCGAGAGAUCAGCUUCGAGGAGAGGCGGCCAACCUUGGAUUGGUCGUUCUCAGCGAUCAAGAACAUAAGUCUUUGCAAGAAAGCAUUGCUCAUCUUGAAGCCAGUCAGCCUAACGUUCUCACAAGAGAAGAAUUGACGGAACGCGCUAGUGACAUGGGACUCUCAGUCAUACCUACUACCGAAUUGCAUAGCAUGAAGCGUACUCUGAUGAAUCUAGAGGACUCUCGUCAAAUCAGACAGGCGGCUAAAAAGCAAGGUUUGCUUUGUGUUCCUAUAUCAGCAUAUAUCUCAAGUACGCCUGGCGAUGAUCCGUCAGAUUCGCAGGUCACAGUUCUUCCCACUUCUCAAUAUGAGAUUCUCCGCGAUAGCGCUCUCGAGUCCAUAGCUGAAGAAGCGUUCAAGGAUAUUGCUGAAAAACGUGGAUAUAAGCACACUUCAGAGAUACCUUUGAUACCUAAAGAGCCUUUUAACGCAAGCUUAGACUCGCCUUUGAUUGAAAGCAGAGAGGUUGCUGCGGGCGGUAUUCCUCAGUCCAAGUCUGUGGGAUCUAACCUAACCAUAAAUUCCAAGGCAAGUAUGCUUGACUCUAUUACAGGCAUGUCUGUCGCAAGUAACAUAUCGCUUACUGAUAAAUCUAUGAUUCCUGUGAUCACUCAGGUUCUUAUUGGGGAAUACCUUUUCAAAUACUACAGAAAACUAGGUCCGUUGAGCUCCAUUUCUGCAACAAGACACGAGCGGUAUUUCUGGGUGCAUCCGUACUCAUUAACAUUGUACUGGUCAACAUCAAACCCAGUGUUGAAGAAUCCCAAUGCCACCAAGAGUAAAGCUAUUGCCAUCUUAGGGGUUGAAAGCGUUGAGGACAGUAACCCAAUACCUGUUGGAUUAUAUCACAAGAGUAUUAUUGUACACUCACAAACGAAGUCUGUCAAGUUCACGUGUUCAAAUAGACGAAGACACAAUAUCUGGUACAAUUCGCUUCGGUACCUUGUUCACAGAAACAUCAAUGGGUUAGAUUUUGGUGGCAAUACUAGACAUCAGGUGAAGAAUUCUGAAGUUGAUCCCAGUGACGAAGAGGAGGACGGGCUUGCGGAUAUGACAUUUGAUGCCUCCAACAGACAAGCGUUGCCAAGGUCCUCCACAAUCCUGCGCAGCAAAUCAUUUGGACGAUUCAUGAGCCUAAAGAAAUAG